AAGCAUCAACCAUUGUGCUGAGCGACUUUCCUUUGCGAAUUCUGAAAACAGAAUGGCAGCUCUAGGAUUAGAGAUGCUAGGGGUCACUUUAGCUGUGUUCGGUUGGAUUAUAGGCAUUUUGUCUUGUGCUUUGCCCAUGUGGAUGGUAACAGCUUUCAUCGGAGUGAACAUUGUAACUGCGCAGACCAUAUGGGAGGGAAUCUGGAUGAACUGUGUGGUGCAAAGCACUGGUCAGAUGCAGUGCAAAAUCUACGACUCCAUGCUGGCCUUGAGCUCAGACUUGCAGGCAGCCCGGGCUCUGUGUGUGAUUGCCAUUGUGAUGGGAGUACUGGGAUUCCUUCUCUCCAUUUUGGGGGCCAAGUGCACUAAAUGCCUAGAUGAGGAGCGCAUAAAAGCCAAAGUUAUGAUCGCCGCUGGAGUCACCUUCAUCUGUGCUGCGGUCAUGCACUUGAUCCCUGUGUGUUGGUCUGCUCAUAAUAUCAUCAGGUCCUUCUACAACCCUAUAAUCAUCGAGGCACAAAAAAGGGAGCUAGAAGAUAUGUCUUUAGGCCUGGAGCUCAUCGGUAUUGUGUCAUGUGUGCUGGGCUGGCUUUUGGCCAUCGUGGCUUGUACUCUCCCAAUGUGGAGGGUCACAGCCUUCAUCGGCUCCAACAUUGUGACGGCUCAGAUUAUCUGGGAUGGCCUGUGGAUGUCCUGCGUGGUUCAGAGCACCGGACAGAUGCAGUGUAAAGUCUAUGACUCCAUGCUGGCUCUCUCUCAGGAUCUUCAAGCGGCUCGAGCCCUGACUGUGAUAUCCAUCCUUCUGACCGUCCUGGCUGUAUUGGUGUCCAUUGGUGGAGCCAAGUGCACUAAUUGCAUUGAAGAAGAGUCAUCCAAAGCUAAAGUCAUGAUCUUCGGAGGGGUGCUGUUCAUCGUAGCUGGGCUUAUGCAGCUGAUUCCUGUAUCCUGGUCUGCCAACAGCAUCAUCAGGGACUUUUACAACCCUUUGCUGCCUGACGCCCGGAGACGGGAGAUGGGAGCAGCACUCUACAUCGGCUGGGCAGCAGCCGCACUCCUGAUUUUGGGUGGAUCGUUGCUUUGUUGCUCCUGCCCUCCACAGGAGAAAAAAUAUAACCCGUCUCGGAUGCCGUAUCCUGCGUCUCGCUCGACAGGUGGGGGAGGAUAUGACAGAAGAGACUAUGUGUGAAACAAACAAAGGACAACUCUGAACUCAGUGUUGCAGUGUUCAAUGCAUGGGCAAGAUUUUCUGGAAAAAAGUGAAAAUACGCCAUACAUUCUCCAUCGUGGGGGAACCAUGUCUUAUGAAGUUGUUUGAUGUUUUAGUUUUUCAUGUAAGUGCGAUGUUGGCUGUUCAGAGUAUAAGGACACUUACAGUGAGGAAUUACCUUUUGUAAUUGUUUUGAACAUGCAUGCUAGGUCAGUUACGUUCAACUGAAAUCUCAACGUGACAUCAUUUUCAGUUAACUGGGGUGUAUAAAGUCAAUUUAUUG